GAGAGCGAGAGAGAGAGAGUGUGUGAGAGAGAGAGCGUGAGAGGGGGAGAAGGGAAGAGAGAGAGACUGCAAUAUCAUUUGUGAAUCCCUCUCACAGUGCUGCAGAUAGGGGCUGCCAACACAUGCGGCGCGUCUGCAGGUGAGAGAACAGGCUGAGUAUGCUGAGCAGAGUGAGGAAUUCAACCAACGUUUCCUAAAAAAAGAAGAAGAAAAAAACUGCGUCGGAUAUACAAUUCUUUUUCCUUUUUUAACACAACCCCAUUUUUUUCUCUCUCGGCCGUGCAUCGCGGAGUUUGCUCGCAAAAGGAGAGAGAACUGAGCUGUUCUCGCCAGUUGCAAGUGACUUAGAGGAAGAGAGCAGAAUAGGAAGCCGGACAGGUAAUUUGCUUCCCAUUCAUUUCCUCAAGAUAAGAGCAGCCAACGCUUCGCCGUGCGACGAGUUUGGAAAAUACGCGGGCAUUUAAAUGAUCCACUGACAUCCGUGGACGUAUGAUUGGACAGAGGAAUAUUUCAGCCUCACCCCAGCAAGAAAAAAGGAGAUUCCACAAACUGUGAGUAAAAACGGAGCGACAUGGACUGAAUUCACUUUCUGGUGAUAUGAUGCUCGGACUAUGAUAUUCUGGCUUUUACGCACAUGACAUUCAAAUACUUGGCACCGUCCGGAGCGCACGGAGCCUCUCUGGGGUCUUUUUUUAUAUAUGUAUUACUGCGGUUUUUUAAUUAAAAGAAGGAAAGAUCAACUAGCAUCAGUGCUGAAGGAGGGAAAAUAGGAGAUAGAGGAAAGCCCGUGCACUUGCUGCUUUUCACUGCAGCAGGAGCGAAAGGAAGUCAUCCGGAGGAUGAAGUCUUACGCAUCCCGAAAGAGAGGGCUUCAUUCUUCAUGAAAUCAAUAUUAAUUUUUCAUCCUCGGACUUUCUAUCAGUGAUUUUUUUUUUUUUUUUUACUUUUAUUUUUUAUUUAAAUAUCUGAAUUUUAAGUGGACAUUUUUUUUUCCAGGGCUGAACAAUGAGGACUACUGGUGCAGUGGACUAUUUGUACUAUUGCAUGCUCAUCCUGCAGUUUGUGCAUCAGCCAGCUGCCAAGCAAGUGCUCCGGUACCGUUUAGCUGAGGAGGGACCCGCCGAUGUCAGAGUAGGGAACGUAGCCACCGACCUGGGCAUCGUCGCCGGGUCCGGUGAGGUGACGUUCACUCUCGAGUCGGGCUCAGAUUUUUUCAAAAUCGACAACAUCACAGGUGAGCUCACCACCAACGAGAGACGGAUAGACCGCGAAAAAUUACAGCAGUGCCAAAUGAUAUUUGAUGAGAAUGAGUGUUUUAUAGAUUUUGAAGUGUCGGUGAUUGGACCAGCCCAGAGCUGGGUCGACCUCUUUGAAGGAAAAGUCAUCAUAUUAGAUAUAAACGAUAACACUCCGUCUUUCCCUUCCCCUGUCCUGACACUGUCUGUGGAGGAAAACAGACCCAUUGGAACCCUUUAUCUGCUGCCCACAGCCACAGACAGAGAUUUCGGCAGAAAUGGAAUUGAGAGAUAUGAGCUUAUUCAGGACAAUGGGGAGAACUCACGGCGCUUGGGGUCUGCUGGGGAUUCAUACUCGGGGAAGAGGAGGUUUGAUGAAGGAGCGAGCAGGAGCAGUGUCUUUGAACUGCAAGUUGCUGACACUACUGAUGGAGAGAAGCAGCCUCAACUCAUCAUUAAAGGGGCACUUGAUAGGGAACAGAGAGACUCCUAUGAGCUCACGCUGCGCGUUAGGGACGGAGGAGAUCCCCCUCGCUCCUCUCAGGCCAUUCUGAGGGUAAUGAUCACUGACGUGAACGACAACAGUCCCCGGUUUGAGAAGAGUGUGUACGAAGCCGACCUACCAGAAAACAGCUCCCCUGGCGCCCCCAUACUGCAGCUUAAAGCGGCUGAUGCAGACGUGGGGGUUAAUGGUCAAAUAGAGUAUGUGUUUGGGGCAGCCACAGAGUCAGUGAGGAGGCUGCUGAGGUUGGAUGAGAGCACAGGGUGGCUGAGUGUGCUACACCGUAUUGACCGCGAAGAAGUGAGCCAGCUGAGGUUUACAGUAAUGGCCCGUGACCGAGGCCAGCCGCCCAAAAUGGACAAGGCCACAGUGGUGCUAAACAUCAAGGACGAGAACGAUAAUGUCCCUGCUAUAGAAAUACGGAAAAUUGGACGCAUUUUCUUAAAAGACGGGGUUGCAAACGUGGCCGAGGAUGUCGUGGUGGACACACCCAUCGCCUUAGUUCAGGUGUCUGACCGCGAUCAAGGAGAAAAUGGCAUAGUGACCUGCACAGUUGUGGGAGACGUGCCCUUUCAGCUCAAACCGGCCAGUGAGAUGGAGGGGGAGCAGAAUAAAAAGAAAUAUUUCCUCCACACGUCUGCACCACUGGACUACGAGGCCACACAGGAAUACAACGUGGUCAUAGUGGCGGUGGACUCUGGAAGCCCCAGCCUGGCAAGUAAUAACUCUCUUAUCGUGAAAGUGGGCGACACUAAUGACAACCCUCCUAUCUUCAGCCAGAAUGUAGUAGAGGUGUCAUUUCCAGAAAACAAUGCCCCUGGCGAGAGGGUGACAACAGUGGCAGCCAUUGACGCAGAUAGUGGCAAGAAUGCUGAAAUAGCCUAUUCCCUAGACUCAUCAGUAAAUGGGAUUUUCUCUAUCGAUGCAGACAGUGGAGACGUCCGAGUAAACACCAUUCUGGAUAGAGAGCAAACAGAGCGCUACGAAUUCAAAGUGAUAGCCAAAGAUAAGGGCAUAAACACUCUUCAGGGUUCUGCAACAGUGGUCGUCCUUGUGUCCGAUAAGAAUGACAAUGAACCAAAGUUCAUGCAGGAUGUAUUCACCUUCUAUGUCAAAGAGAACCUUGAUCCAAACAGCGCAGUUGGUAUGGUUACGGUCAUUGACGCAGAUAAAGGCCAAAAUGCGCAGAUGGGUCUUUUCAUCGAGGAAGAGGAGGAAAUCUUCUCCAUCGAGAACGAAACUGGGACAAUUUUUUCCACCCUCUCCUUUGACCGAGAGCAGAAAACGACGUACACAUUCCGUGUCAAAGCUGUGGACGGAGGCGACCCUCCCAGAUCCGCCACUGCCACCGUUUCGCUUUUCGUCAUGGACGAAAAUGACAACGCUCCAACAGUCACCUUCCCAAUAAACAGCUCGUACACCCUCCUUCCCCCCUCCAGUAACAUUAGAACGGUGGUCCGAACCGUCCUAGCCACCGACACAGACACCGGCAUCAACGCAGACCUGAACUACAGCAUCAUCGGAGGAAACCCCUUCAAGCUGUUUGAGAUCGACGGGGCCACUGGGGUCAUUUCACUAAUGGCAAAGUUGGAACAGAAACACUACGGCCUCCACAGACUGGUGGUCCAGGUGAACGACAGUGGGCAGCCUUCGCAGAGCACCACCACCCUGGUCCAUGUUUAUGUUAACGAGACGCUUUCCAACUCCACAAUUGUGGAGGCCCAGGUGGCCAAGAGCCUUAGCACGUCUCUCAACACCAACAUUGCCGGCGACCCCAACUACGACCUCAGCAAACAGCGCCUAAGCAUCGUCAUCGGAGUUGUCUCGGGCAUCAUGACAGUAAUUCUCAUCAUUCUUGUUGUUGUCAUGGCCCGUUACUGCCGCCCAAAGAACAAGAAUGGUUACGAGGCCGGCAAAAAGGAUCACGAAGAUUUCUUCACACCACAGCAGCACGACAAAUCAAAGAAGCCCAAGAAAGAUAAGAAGAAGCAGAAGUCCAAACAGCCGCUCUACAGCAGCAUUGUCACCGUAGAGGCCUCCAAACCCAACGGGCAGCGCUACGACGGCGUCAACGAGAAGCUGUCGGACAGUCCCGGCAUGGGCCGAUACCGCUCAGUCAAUGGAGGGCCGGGGAGCCCGGAUCUGGCCCGGCACUACAAGUCCAGCUCGCCGCUCCCCACUGUCCAGCUUCACCCGCAGUCACCGACAGCUGGAAAAAAGCACCAGGCAGUUCAGGACCUGCCCCCUGCCAAUACCUUUGUUGGCACCGGAGAUAACAUUUCCCUUGGAUCUGACCACUGCUCUGAAUACAGCAGUCAAACCAUCAACAAGUACAACAAACAGCCGUUUCGCCGAGUGACCUUCUCGGUGGUGAGCCAGCCCCAGGACCCUCACCAGCAGGGAUCGCUGCAGAGCUGCUACGACAGCGGCCUGGAUGAGUCGGAGACACCCAGCAGCAAGAGUUCAUCGGGCCCCCGGCUGGGCGCCCUUCCCCUGCCCGAGGACAGCUACGAGAGGACAACGCCGGAUGGCAGUGUCGGUGAGGCAGAGCACAUGGAAAAUGACUCCCGGCCCUUGCCUGACGUAGCCAUGACUGGCAAGUGCACCCGGGAAUGCGACGAGUACGGCCACUCGGACUCCUGCUGGAUGCCUGUGCGCACGUCGCCCGAGCGACGGCCAUCCAAGUCAACCACCAUCCCUCAACAACCAAAGCUUUCCACUUUCAUGAGCGGCAGCGGCAGCAGCAGCACCGAGCAGCCCGGCAGCCAAGAGACCCUCGCCAUGGCCGCCAUGGCCAACGGAGACCCCACCGCUGCUCACAUGAUGGGCGACCGCAAUCGCAACCUGCUCAACAAGAAGAUGGCCUCCUCCUCUUCCUCCUAUGAGGCCUUUGGCUCGCCCUCCUACGGCCAGCCAGGGGGCGGGGAUGAGGCACUGGGCCACCCCACCGAGGAGAUUCCCCUUGCGCCGACUGGGGAGUACAAGCCCACAUCCUGCGGUACCCUGACACGACGGGAGGUGUACCUGUGAGCUGAAGGGUUACACGCAAUUGAUGUGCCCCAACAUGUGGCAUUCAAGUAUAACACUAAGCAAAGCUGCUUAACGACCACCAUUACAGCUCUAGAAGCUUUUAGCCGCCCUUGUUCUGCGCAAGGUAGGACUAAACAUUCUCCAAAGACUUUUACAACAGCUCCUUGGAUAUUAUAAACAUAGUACCAUUUUUCAAGUGCUAAUUCCGGCUAUGACCUGGAAGAAAGGAGGAGGAGGAGGAGGACAUGUUGAGGGCACUGAUUGGACUUUCAGUGAGGCUGUUCUACUGGCGAGUCGGGCUCUUGGGACACAGUCUGCUGCCUGACAGUCAAUCUGUACAGUAACCAACUCAUUUUACACAUACAGUACAUGCAUGCAUUACCCCACAUUCCCAGUGAAGGCUCGGUUCUCUGAAGAUGACACUGUACAAAAGAGACCAUUUGUUUUGCAGUUUUUCUAGGAACAAAGAUGUACAUGUAGACUAUUUUGACUUUAAGGUGUGUCUGGAUAUGCCUUUUUUUUUUUUUUUAUUUCCAAACAGUCUGGCUGCAGUGUUCUGCUGCUGUAGUAAUGCAUUGGACAAAAACAAUGGUCUCACGGUAUCACGCAGACCAUGGAUUCUGCCACCUUUACUGUUUGCGCUGAAAGUUGCAGACCAAACGACUGUAUGACUGUAUUCGAAUCUUAAAAGGACGACAAAGACUCAGCUUUAAAUACUCGUCCCUCUGUCGAUGUGGACAUUCUUGGACGGAAGUGGACGCCAAUGGAAUUUGCUGCAACAACUCCUUGGUUUGAGCGCAAUCCCAUUCGUAGACUACGGUGAACUUAUGAUGACUGAUUCAAACCUACCUACGCAGGUGUCACUCAUUGUACAUAAACACUGGACCAUAGCAACAGUGCUAACUGCUCUCAUUCCCUUUUAUCUCACUCCCUUUCCUCAGUCUCUCGUUCUUUGUCUUUGAUUGCCGAGAUUGAGACCAAAACCCUCCCGAGAAAUGCAAGCGCUUAGAGCCAUGACCUACAAUCGCAUUGGUUGGAAACAAGCAUGUCCACGGUUGUACACUUUUUGGAUCACCUUAAUGGCUACAGUUUAUACCAAGUUGUCAUACUUGCCCUGUUUUUCCCAAACACACACACACAUACACACACAUACACACACAGACACACACACACUCACAGAAGCAGAAAUGCAGAUUCAUUUAAUGGAGGCCAAGGCUAUACAGACUGAAAAUCCUGGGUAAGCACAGUGUGUGGCAUGAGAUUAAAAUUAUUGGUGCAACUGAAGUUAUGUGUGUGUAUGGGCCAGAUAUGCAGUAUAUAGUGUGUUUGUGUAGGCCACUGUAGAUGUACACCAGUAAUAGGCUUAGGAGAGCAUAAACAUGGCCGAGUUGGUCCGAAAACAGCUGCAAGGACAGCUUUUUACUGUUAUUUCCUUUUACUUUCCGUUGUGUGAUAGGACUGAGCAAUAAAUAUCAUAAUGUACAUGUGACCAACGAGCAUCAACUUCUUUUUCACUUCCUCUCAAGCCGUCACGGUGACAGUAACCCACACAUGGCUGACUUUUAGCACUAGCAAACGCUGCUUUCAACAGCAGCACACGGUGACGGCAUCUUCGAGCAUGAAUGUAAGAAUCAGCUCAAUGGAGAACAAUCUAAAGGCAAUGUCUGAAUGAGCAGAUACCAGGAAGUUUUCGGAUUACAGGCUGAGAUAAAUUGGUGUCAAAGUGAAACCAAAGCUUCGCGAACAGAAUGAAGCACCCCCUCCCCCUGACACACACCCCCCAUCACACACACAAAUGAAAAAAUAGCUUUCUAGGAGAACUCCGCUUUAUGCACUCCUUCCAUGAAGAAUUUUUUUCUUUAUUUUUUUUAAUGAAGGAUUGAGCUUCAAUGUUAAGAAUGUGAUGUCUCAACAAAACGUCCAUUACAUCCUCAGAGCCGAUGUUUUAUGACCACUUACACACAGACACAUAACAAUGUUGAGAUGUUGUGCCUCCCAGUCUACGUGAUUUUUCUUUUUUCUUUUCUUUUUCAGCUUUUUUUUCAGAGGUGCAAAAUCUCAUGACUGUAACAAAGCUAAAGAAUAUCAGAUGCAACAGAACCUUUUUUCUAUGUUAGCAAAACCCCUUUGGUUCGACCGGAGCAGCUUUUUCCGCAUUCCGGGAAUCUAUAGUCUGUAAGUACUACUCGUUGUUUGAAAGAAAAGUGCUCCUAUACUUAUCAACUGUAUACAUAAAUAUUUACUUUUUACUGCACGUUUAAUGGGAACUUACUUCACUUACUGAGAAGGAAGAAGAAAAAAAAACUGUAAAACAAAAUGUACAAAAAAAAAUGUUAUCCCUGUAAACAUGGAAAAUCCAUCAUGUUGCUUGCUUUUGUUGUACCUGAAAAGACAUGUAGUACAACUUAGUACAUCAACUACAACCACACUGUUGUUUUUUUCCCAUACAGGUUUUUCAUAGAUUUCCUCAUUGCGUCUUAUACCACAGCCCCAAAUCUCUCCUACGUUUGUUUUAUAUCCACUUGGUAUGUUUAUUCGUUUCUUUUUAUUUUAAAGCCUCGCACAUGACUCAGUUACAAAGUCAACUCCGUGGAAAUGAUCAUGACAAUGUACCUUUUUUUUUUCCUUUAUCUGAUGCCACUUUGUAUAUUUAGAGUGCUUCUGAAAAAAGAAAAACAAAAAAAAAAAUGAACAAAAAAAAAAACGAAAAACAAAAAAACAAUAGAGUGAAUGCAAAUAUGCAAUUGUGCCUUUUUAUACCUAUUGGUAUGAUUAAAUGUUGGUUUGGAAUGGUGCAUAAAACAGUUACGUUGACAUGCUUACUACAGUAGAUGGGGGUGGCAUUUAAGGACUGAACUACAUUUGCAUAUCUUGAGCGGGAAUCCCGUGGCAUCGGGAAGGCUCCUUUCGGUGGACGACCAGUCAAAUGUCGGUGAGCCUGAAGGUCUGAAUACUCAAAGCUGUUCGCUGGGUUCAAUUAUCUUGUCGAAAUAUCCAUUCCUAGCUUAGUGCAUUACCGAAUGAGUACAGGUACAUUCAAAAGUUGCUUGUUGGUAGAAAUAAUAACGAUAUAAUGGAUUUUUUUGUCGUGUUCCACUCAUGUACAUGUGUGACAUCAGAGGUCAGGUAACCUUCUUUGUGCAUGAAACAAGCUCUAGGACUGAAUUUAGAACUUUAGAAAGACAGAAGGCGGAGGUGGAAAAAUGAAACGGAGGGAGAAAAAAACGACGCUUGGAGACAUUUGACUGCUCAGAGUUGAGGGAGUCUAGAGAUAAAACAAAAAAAAAAUGCUAAUGCGACGGUUUACUAGGGGUGGAAGCGAGGAGAUGGGGGAAGAAGGAAAAAAAAAAGCUGCAUUGGAGAGGAGCAGACAGAACACACACCUCGGGAUGCGCCGUGCAACCUAACACUCGUACACACAGAUUUACAGUAUAUGCAUAUGAUGAAAUCCUCCCCUACGAGUAAACGGGGUGUGCGAUGAUGUUGCGUGGUGACGCUUUGAAUAUCUCGAGCAGAUAAAGACGGAAUGAAAAAGAGGAAAUGAAAAAAAAAAAUGGCAAAUGCACCGAGUGCCGUGUGCACUACAUCAUUUUUGAGUGGUGGUAGUCGCUGAGGUACAGGCUGUAGAAAUCUGGACCGCAGUAGGUGUUAUUAAUGUCGGAGUUCUCUUCUUAAUACAGAAAAAAAAAACACCGUAACAGUAGCAGUACCAUCAAAAUGUCUGUAUGCUGCCUGAGGUGCGUGUUCAGUCCGCGCUCUCCGCUAUCCUUAAAGCAUUCACAGUGUGUAAUGAGAUUUGUAAUAUUAACCAUUACUAUUUGUCCUGCGACUUGGAUGUUGAUAUAGAAAUUGAGGAACAAAAAUCUAUCAUCGUUUAAUAUGAGUCACUAUGCACGCAGCUUAGCUGAACAUGGCAAAGUGUAUUGAACGCAAGUCCACUUCUAUUUAUGAGAUAUUUUACAUAAUUUAAUUUGCUUUUGUACAGGUUUGUGUAAAUAAAUUGCUUGUCAUUUUUGUCUCUGCAGAAAUUAAAAUAUAACAUGGUAAAACAA